AUGUCUCAGCUCGAUGAUGAGGAUAUUGAAAAUUUACUGCAGCAAUCUGACCUAGAGGAUAUAGGUGAUGAUGAGGACGACACAUGGGCCCCGGAUGCUGAAAAUGACGGUUUAUCUGAUGAUUCUGAGGACGACAUGCCUCUGUCUUCACUGCCGAUUUCUCGUGAAUCUGAUGAUGGAAAAUGGAUUAAAAAGAAGUUCCGUGGUAGGCCUACCGCAGUCCAACAGCCUCCAGACCCAGGUGAGCCACCAAAAUCGCCAGCAGAGUAUUUUGAAAACUAUUUUACUGAGGAAUUAUUUGAACAGUUUUCGACUGCCACUUCACAGUACUAUAUAGCUGAAAAGGGGUGUGCAAUGAAGCCACAAUGCUCGCCAGGUGAGAUUAAAAAGUUUUUUGGGGUUCAUGGUAUGAUGAGUCUUGUCAAAUGUCCUAGGAUGAAGAUGUACUGGCAUCAGAAAUUUAAAUACGAUCCUAUUGCCUCGGCGAUGUCUCGUGAUCGUUUUUUUUUAUUACGAGUUAAUCUGCAUGUUGUUGAUUAUAAUAGCGUUGAUGAGGACGAAAAGGCCAGGAACCGUUUGUGGAAAAUACAGCCUAUGAUAGACGCUGUUAGAAAUCGUUGCCUGGCAUUGCCUCGAGAAAGCACUACAUUCUCCAUAGAUGAGCAAAUGAUUCCUUUUACUGGCCGAUGUCCUGACAAGCAAUAUGUCCCGCCGUAG